AUGCCACACAAGACAGAAUUUAGGUUGUGGGAGCCCGGGCCGAACGGUUUCUCUGCGUCUGAAACGGUGCCUCUUGCCUUUUUGCAGAGAAAUGCGCCCGAAGAAAAGGCAUCUGUGGGCCCCUGGUUAUUGGCCCUCUUCAUUUUUGUUGUGUGUGGCUCCGCAAUUUUCCAGAUUAUUCAAAGUAUCAGGAUGGGCAUGUGAAGUGACCAAACCCUAAGGUGUUUCCAUACUCCUGUGAAUUUUAACUUGAACUCAUUCCUGAUGUUUGGUACCCUGGUUAACAGCAAUUACGUAAAGCAUCCUGCGGCAGAAUGACUUCUCACCCCAUCCCUCAUGCGUCAUUCCAAGGUCUCCUCACGAGUCAUUCCAAGUUUUCUAGUCCAUACCACAGUGCCUUGCAAAAGCACCACAUGAAUAAAGCAAUAAAAUUUGGUUGUUAAGCUACAGUAGUGGAUCUUACUUUUUCAGCCAGUAAAGAGUAAGUCUUUCUAUGUGGUUUUUAAAACCAUAUGCAGUAUGGAUAAUUAUUUCAAAUCUGUGUAGACCAGGUCUAGAAUUUGUUAGCCCUAAUAUGUACAUGAAAUUCGUUUAAUUUAAAUUUUGGAACCUAUGGAUUUUAUAUAGCUAGGCACUUUAUUACUAUCUUUUGAAUUGGAAGCACACUCCCACAUAGGGUCAUGUAACUGUCCUGUAAUUGUGCUUAUAAAUGGAAACAACCAUACAGUUAGCCUAGUUACCACAGCCGUUAGCACCUAAAUAUUUUUUAAAGGCUUCUAAAUGCCUAAUGUAAAGGGAGAUACUUAUAGCCGCAACAUCUGUUUUAGUAAUACCGUUUCUAUUACACUACCUUGGAUUUUGCACGAGUGAACAUACUAAUCUAAGAUGCCAUAAAGAUAAAAAAACAACUUGGUGGUUUUGUAAUUGAGUCACUGCAGAUUCAGCAAAAGCUACCACGGUGGAGCACAGUCAGGGAAGAUAGUCACGCCAUCCUGAUGUCACAGAAUAUCUGACUACAUCAAAGGGGCUUACUGUGCUAGACAAACUUGUAGGGAAGAGGUCCUGGUAAAAAUGAAAGCCUCUUCGGGACGUGCUACCAAGUCCAAUGCGGCAAAAGGCGUCUCAGCAUGCUCAUAGUGCCUUUAAACCCGUAAUCAACAGUCACACUGGGUUUGGAAAUGCUUUUUCUGUAUCGAUGAUCAAAAUGCCAUAGGUUUCUAGAUCAUCAGGCUAGACUGACAUCUGGAAUCAAAUGGGUAGCUGAUAAGGAUCAAUCUUUAGUCUUCCUUUGUUGUAUGAUUUGUAGGUUAGAGUAGAUUUUCUUUUUACUAAUGGUAGGUAGGGGUAAGAGUGGUAGGUGUAAAGCAGGUUUGGGGUUUUCAAAGACUGUUGAAAAACUCUCCAAGUACUGGUUCUUCGUGUAGGCAUAACUGGGGAAAGCCUGAGGCGUGUCUAUGUAUUCAUGAAUUGGGAAGAAAGCUGCUUCUGUUCGCUUUGUCAAUUGCCUCAGGAUAGCUCUUAAAAAUAAGCCGUUUUAAGAGGGGCAGAAGGGAAAUCUACCUAGUGUCCACACAGUCUGAACCUCAGAGAGCGCUAACCACCCCUGAGUCGGGGGGAGGGCUGGGGGGGAGUGGUGAAGAACUUGUAGGUUGGGACCUUGACUACUCAGGUUGGCUAAGUUGCUCAUCAGAAUUAGGAAAGGAAUCAGCUGACCCGUGGGCUAUUGGGGUUCUACCUGCAUUGUUACCUGCCUUUCUCACGGGAAAAUCAACCCCUGUACAUGUUUCCUUCCUUGAAACAGUUGUCUCGGUUAACUAAUUCUAUUUUAUUAUUAUGACUUUCGAAAUGAAACUCAUUGCUCGAAGUUCAUAGCAGGUGCCUUAAUUUUUGCUUUGGAUCAAACCAUUCCAUAUCAGAAUUUCUCUUGAUUUACUAUUAAAAAAUUGGCUUUAAAAUGUUUUUUUUUUAAUGUAUAUUAUCUUGAUUGAUUUGAUUUAAAUGGCUAUAGAUGGCAAUCUUUACAUAUGUAAAAUUGCAUUCCCUUUGUAUUUCACAUGUAAUUUACCAAUUGAGUACCUUUUAUAUUAAGGGUGGAGUAUGCAUGUUUGGGUAAAUGAAAGCAAUGUCUUAAUUUUGAAUUGUCCUUUAAAAAUAAAGUUCCCUGGAUAUUUGAUUUUA